AUGGGUAAGAAAUCAAAAAUUUCAAGAAUAAGUAUUUGUCAGAAAAAAAAAAUUUCUAGAAAACAUUAUUCAUUUGCAGAUGAUCUUCAUAAUUUUUUAAAGAAAGAAGAUCCAAUGUAUGAAAAAUUUUGUAAUUCAAAUGAGUAUAGUAUGCUUGAAGAUCUAGCUAAUCUUAUUGUAGAUCACUAUAAUUCUGGAAAAUCUUUACAAUUUAAAAAUAAAAAUAUAGGUUUCCAUGAUUUGGAUAAUUGUAGUAAAGUUAAAUUUAGGAAUGAGUUAGUGAAUAUUGUAUCAGAAAAUGAUAAAUCAACUCCUGAAAAUACAGGAGAGGUAGAAGAUAAAAUUUCUGGAUGGGCUUCACAACUUUUAAAUGGUACAUGUUCUAAUCAAGCUAGUCCAUCAUCUAAACCAUGUUCUUUAAAAAUUGCCCAUGAUGAAAUAUUUAUUUUUCAUGAUGAUUCUGAUUCUGAUGAAGAAAGUGAUGCAUCAUCUACAAAUAAUAUUAUUAAUCCUAUCAAUACAAAAAUUUCAAAAAUUAAAUUAGUCCCAGAAAAAUCUUCUAAAAUUAAUAAUAUUUCUAGUAAUUUUGCCAAUUCUCUUUCAUUUUGUAUUGCAAAUAUAUAUAGCCUUAGGACAGAUUUAAGAUCAGUUAGAAAAAUUAUUAGUGGUGUUGGUUGGAAGAUUUAUGUUACAACACAUAUUCAUAAAAUUCAUAGUGAUUAUGAUAAAUCAUUAUCAUUUUAUGUCCAGUGUUGUCCAAAUUCAUAUGAUGAUAGGUGGAAUGUUAAAGCAAAUUGUGAACUUUCAAUUUAUUCACAUGCUCAUAAAUGUUGGAAAAUUGGUUAUCAAUUUUCUCAUGUAUUUAAUUCAACAUAUGAUGAUUGUGGUCUGGUACAUUUUAUUAAAUGGAAAGAUUUAAUUGAUAGUGAUGAGAAGUAUGUUUUAGAUGGAAAAGUUUAUCUUGAAGCUAUUAUUGAUGUUAAAGGACCUAUAAAAGUAACAAGUUUUGGACAAUAUCAUUCAAGAUUAAAAAUGUAUUCCUCUAUUUUUGAUAUACAAAUGACUAAAGGUAACAAAAGAGAAGCUGAAGAAGUUUGUGAUUUGGCACUAAAAUAUUGUAUGAAGACAGAUCGUGAAGCUAUUAAGCAUUUUGAAGAAAAACAUUCUUUACUUGUUCGGGAUAAAGUUGUCGAUACUAUUACUAGAUUACAGCAAGAAAAUCUUCAAAAUAAUGAUAAAGGUAUUGUUUUAAAAAAUAAAGCAAAUUUAAAAAAUUUUUGUCUUGGUGGAAGUUGUAAAAAAAAUGAAUCAACAUGUAAUCAAGCAGAUGUUAAAAUGAAAGAUAUAUUAUUAUGUAUUAAUGAUAAAAUUAAAAAGAAAGAGGUUGUUUAUGAUAACUUAGAAGUAGAGAAGUGUGAAAGUAAUAAAAAUGAGGCAGGUACUGAUAAUACUGUCAGAAGAAAACUUAUCCCUCAACAUUGUGAAAAUCAAUAUUUUAUGCGAACACUUUUUUUUGAAAGAAAAAAUUAUAUGUUUCCAUGUACAGUUUAUAAUAAAAAGAAGUUGUUUACCUUACCAGAUAACUAUAUUAUUGAUAUAGAUAAAAAUGGAGAAAAUAUUACCAAAAAAAGUAAUAUAAAAUUUAUUAAUGAAAAUAGUUUAGAAAAAAAUUCUAUUUCUAAAAAAAAUGAUGAAAAAACUGUUUCAAAAAUAGAAUCAAUAGGAUGCCUGACAGAGGUUGAUAAAAAAAUACUAGAAGAUUAUCCAAUAGAACAUCUUUAUCACGAUAAAAUAGAUUAUUUUAAUUUUAUUGCUAAAAGAGCUUCUAUAAUAUCACGUUAUGUAGAUAAGUUAUCAAAAAAUAUAUCAGAUGAAGCAAGAAAAUUACUCCUACAAUUUUAUGAAAACAAUUCAUUAGUUAAUAAAAAUAAAUUAUUGACAACAAUAAAGGAUGAUGCUUUAGGUCUUUAUUUACGUAUGGUACCAUUUUGGUUGAUGGAAGAUGAUGGUAAUAUAAAUAAUCAACCAAUAUUUUUGGAUUUUAAUAAAGAAUAUAUCUUUAGUACAAUUGAGGCAAUAUUUUACUCUAUGAAUAUUUUAAAAAGUGUUUCUAACAACAAAAUAAAAGAUGAAAAAAUUAGUUUAUAUUGUAAUAAUAAAAAAAAAUUUAUUGAAUCAUUAAAUUCAGUGUGUGUUAUACCACAAUCUCUUAUUGAAACAAUGAAAGAAAUGUUAACUUUAUGGAUUCAGGAAUAUAAACAAUUUUCUUUAACAAUGAAUAAAAAUCAAAAAAAGUUAAUUGAUGAUAAUUUAAGUAUAAAUAAAAAGUAUGAUGAUUUAUACAAAAACUUCAAUGAAACAAAAGAAAUGCUUAAUACAUUAUCUAAAAGUUAUUCUGUUCAAACAAAAAAUAUUUCAAUGUUUAAUGAAAUUAAAAAAAAAUGUGAUGAGUAUAAAAAAGAAAAUGAAAUGCUAAUUCGAAAUAAUCAAUCAAUUAUUGAUUCAAAAAAAAAUAUGGCUAAAGAAUUGGCAAAUUUAAGAGAACAAAAUAAAUUAUUAAGUAGUCAAAUACAGGAAAAAGAUGCUGCAUUAAAAAAAUUUAAAAAAGUUGCUGAACAAGAAAAAAUUGCUUUAAGUAAAGAAAAUGAAACUUUAAGAACAAGAUGUAUUAGGAGUGAAUUGAUGUAUUUAGAAAAAAGUUUUUCUAUUGGUAUUAAAGAAUUAUAUAAGGCAAAAGAUGAGGCUUUAGAAUAUAUUAAUGAUAUGAAAAAUUUAUUAGAUAAUAUUAAUGAAAAAUAUGUAAAUAUUGUUUGUGAAAAGAUAAAAGAAUUUGAAAAUUAUAUAUGUGAAAUUGAUGAAAAAAUAGAAAUAGCUACCAAUAAUCAUAUAAUUCAUAGUACUUCAAUUGAGAAGGGUAAAAGUUUAUCUCAAAUUGGAAAAAUAAAAAUAAGAAAACCUAAAGCAUUACCAGAAAAAUUAAAUACAAAUAUGUUUACAAAAUUAGAUGUUGUUUGGUGUGACAAUUUAUCAUUACAAAAUUUAUCAAUUGAAAAUGAAAAGUAUAAUAAUAACAAAGAAAAAAAGAAAAAAUAUUAUGGUAGUAAUAGAAAAAGAUUAAGUUCCUCCCCGACAUCUGAUGCAUUUUCAUGUUCAAGUGGAGAAUCUCACAAAGUAAAAGAUGUUUUUACAGAUUGUGGAUAUUAUAUUACUUCUAUAUCACCAAUUUCUGAUGUUAAUACUUUGAGUACAUUUGAAAUUAAUAAUUUUAUAAUGAAUAAAGAUGUUAACAAGAUAAAAUUUAAUACAGAAUAUCAAAAUACAAAUUUUUAUACAUUUUCACCAUCAAAUUCUUCUUCUUCAUUUGAAACAUUAAAAUAUUCAAAUACUAGUAAUAUAUUUGAAAACAAUGAUGCUUCUAAUAUUAAUCAUGAUUUGUUACAAAACUUUGACUACAUCAAUUCUAUUGAUAAUACUUUAGUACAAAAAAAUGAUAAAAUGCUUCAGUUAUAUGAUGAAUCAAGUAUAAUGAUGGCAACACAAAAUAUCAAACCAUUGUCUGAAGAUAGAUCAAAUGAUUUAAACAAUUAUACCUAUGAUAUAGAUAGUAUACCAUCAGAUGAUUAUCAAAUUUUAUAUAAGGCUUUUUGUUCCUCUAAUUCACAAAAAUCUGAUUGGUAA